GGGAGGUAGGGGACAGUGUGUGGAACAGCAUAAGAGAAAAGGUGAAAACCUAAUUGUCUCCGAAGCAGCUGCUCCGUUCUCACAAGGACUUGAAGUUAGCGACAGGAGGGACUUGCCUAGGGGCUCGGAUGGCAGCAGAAAGUGGGAAAGCAGAAGAGCCUUCCAGAGGUUACCCUCCCCGGAGAGCUGGGGAGGAAGGAGGUGGGCCGAGGUCCUUGUGAAGCCCAGGCCCGAGGUCCAGGCCCAGGCCCCAGUUCUCCCACUUCAGAUUCUGCUGCGACACCUUCAUGGAGAGGAAGGGAGGGGUCCUUCCUCCCAGGAGCAUCUUCCUGCUCCUAACGCAAAUGGUCCUUAAGUGAAGGAAGUGGGAUGGGGAGAAGGUGAGCGAAGGGGUAGGACCAGCUCUCCAGGUGAGGAAAUACCAACGACAUCUAAGAAAACACCCGCAUACUGCAUCUUGGCACUAACCUCAGUCUUCCUUGCAGCUCCCCAUCCUCUGUGAACAUCAAGUUUGCCUCAUCCUCCCUAUAAUAUUCACCUCCCUGGGACAGUAUUCUGGGCCAUCCCUCCCUUUGUAGCCCUUUUCCUAUGCCCUCAGUGGGCUGGGAGCCCUGUCCGCCUGCCUCCCCCUAACCCUCAGCUCCCAUCUCUUCCAUCACUCAGCCUCUCUCUCUCACUUCCAUUAUGUUAGCUUCGGUUGAUUUAACCAGAAAACAACCCCCAGAAUUUAAUUCCGUGGCCCUCUAUUCCCAUCUCGAUCAGCUCGGGGCUGGGAGAGGUUGUGUAAUGAUGGAGGAGGAGGGGAGAGAAGCUUGGCCUCCCAGAGUCAAGGAGAGAAAAAAAAAAAGAAAGAAAAUCAUAUUGAUUCCCCAGUGACAGCCAUCAAUCUUUCCCUCCCCACUAGGGAUUAGGCGAUUGGACACAGGCCCACCUACCCAGCUCCAGGGUUGCUUGGUCCCCAGGACUUUAGAGACAGAGGCUCUGGUCUUUGACACCCACCCUCCAGUUUCCCUGGAGUAGUCUCUCUUGAGGUCAGUUACCUAAAUCCUUCAUCCCUUCCCCAGUGUAUUUUGGAAUCCUAUCCCUGAUCGUAUUCCGACUAUGUCCUUAGCAGGGUAUCUGGUGACCAUGCAGUUACUCUCUCCUGUCUGGUUUAUGCCUUAUUUAGAAGUUCUUCUUGCUGUCUAACUUUGAGUCAUAUUAAUAAAGAAAAGGGAAAAUCACUUUCUAGAACUCUAAAAGGAAAGAGACAUACGAGUGCUUAAACAUCCUUAGAAGAAGGUAAUUAGGAAAACUAUUCAUAUCGUUUUAAUACUCGAGACUAAGAGGAAAAGCCACAGAUUGUGCAGAUUUGGCAGCAGUAUGUGAGCACAGGUGGGGCCUGGGACUCAGAAAGAAACAGGGAGGGAGGUGAUGUGAAGUGUCAGAGGUUGCAAAGGGGGCUCUGAUCCAGGCCUAGAUUCCUUCUAUCUCCGCAGAAAGUCCCUUGAGAGGAAAGCUAACUUAUACUGGGGAGGGUAGACUGCUAGAAGGACUUCCCGGCCGUCCAGUGUCCCUUUUCUCAGAACCGCAGAAGGGGCAGCCCUCUCACCUGUCCCUCUGUUUGGGGAGCUGUCUGCCCCAGAGGUAGGCGCUGGAGGAUGCAAAGGACCCAGGGAGAGAGACUCCCUCCCACUCCACCCCCACGGAGGUGGAGGGGGCGCACGUCUGUCGUGCCACUGGCCCCCGAAGGGUUAAUUCUAUUGUCUGAAAACCACAUCGGCUCCCCUGAGAGCUUGGAGAUCCCGCUCUCAUUGUAAGUAACCCUAACUCCAGUGUGUGAUGAGCCAGGGGUUGCUGGGCGCAGAGUGAGCCCGAAGGAGCUGCUGGACAGAGCACGGACCAGACAGACGAUGCACUGAGACUCCUGGGAUCCUUCCCAGAGAACCAGGACCAAGAAGCCUGGGAUCUGAGAGCCCCUGUGACCGUGGGGACAGAUGUGGGCCGUGUGAAGCUGGAGAGGCACUGAGCCCAGACACAGUUCCAGACUGGAACAUGCACCGCAGCUGCUUGGCAGAGGGCGUCCCCACCAUUGCGGGCAACUCCUCGAUCUCAGGUGAGCCUCUGCCAGGCCUCCCACCCACGGUGCACCGGGGCGCUGGAGGCAUUCACACCUUCCUCUCUGCCCCAGGCUUGGCCUUCCCUGACUGGGCCUACAAAGCCGAGUCCUCCCCAGGCUCCCGGCAGAUCCAGCUGUGGCACUUCAUCCUGGAGUUGCUGCAGAAGGAGGAGUUCCGCCAUGUCAUCGCCUGGCAGCAGGGAGAGUACGGGGAGUUUGUCAUCAAGGACCCAGACGAGGUGGCCCGCCUCUGGGGCCGCAGGAAGUGCAAACCACAGAUGAAUUAUGACAAGCUGAGCCGGGCCCUCAGAUAUUACUACAAUAAGAAGAUCCUGCACAAGACCAAAGGCAAAAGGUUCACUUACAAGUUCAACUUAAGCAAGCUCAUCGUAGUCAACUGUCCUCUGUGGGAGGUACGGGCAAUGCCAGCCCCCAACUUGUUUCGGCCAACCCUGGUGCCCAUGGGCAUGCAGAGUAAGCUCCUACACAGCAUGCUGCUCACCCCCUGGGCCACGGUGGAGCAGCUGGCUGGACAGUGGGCCCUCCGAGGGCCACCAGCGGCCUCUGAGGAUAAGAAGGGGAGCAGCAGCCGUAUCUACCGACUUGGCUCUGCCUCCACCCACUGCCUGCUCAGCCCUUGCUGCCAUUUGGGAAGACUUGCAGAAGAGCGGCCCAGUCUUGCCUCCUUCACACCCCCCCUCCCACCCUCUCUCCCCUCUGACUGGACCCGCCUCUCAGGGCCCCUCUUGGCCCCUCUUCUCCCAGAGCAGCAGUUUCCAGGGUCCCCCAUGACAGACACCCUGCUCCCAGGGCCCACGUGCCCCCCAGCGCCCUGGCAUUUCCCGGGGCUUCCCCUACUGGCUGGGCUGGGCCAGGGGGCGGGUGAGAGGCUCAGGCUCUUGUUCCUUAGGCCAGAGGGGCUGGAGGUAAAGCCCCGCCCCCUGAUGGGGGAAAAGGGGUACCUGGAUCCCUGGGAGGACUUCUUCGCAGAGAUGCAAAGACCCAAACCUGGGGAGGAAAGUCUUAGGUCCCCUAAUUUGGAGAAUUUUGAAGCAGAGUGGCCCUUGGAUCCUCCUUAACUGAGGAGGAAGAUGUGACGUGGGCCCCCAAACUCCACCUCUCCUCUGGCCCACCUCCCUGCUGGCUUUGCACCUCCCUGGGUGGAAAUAAGUCUAAAUUGUGGGAGGAUUUGAAUGGAUGGAGUUGGAUCCGAGGAGGUGGGGGGCAUUGCAGAGAAGGAGCAUAUGUGGAGACAGGAUAAACUGAGGCAGGGUGCCCCCUCCAUCCCACUAAAUUGCUAAUCAGAUUA